GCAAGUCUAUCCUCUCUGAAUAUGCAGUCAAGAUGCAUCUGGAGAAACCCACUUACAACACAACUCGGUCAGUGGGGUUGCUUCCACUUCGUGUAUCUGCUUUGGUAUUCAAUAGUGUUACUUACACUGGUGAGGCAGGCAAAAACAAGGAGGCUGAACAGUUGGCAGCACGGAAAGUUAUCCUGUCAAUUUUGGAUACUUCCGACUCAAGAACUGUCAUCACUGAGAUCAUCAAGUCUAAAGUGAAGGUUAAUGAAGGAGACUCCACCCAGAGUGGCAUUAAUCUUGUAGUAGAGAGUACUGCAGGAACAAUUGUUUUUGUGCCUCCAGCUCAAGCCCUCGAACAACCCCUGGAUAUUGGCUCAAGUUCUACCAAAAAACGACGUAAGAAGGCUAAAAAGAAAUCUCGGGACGAUGCUCAGUUGCCAGUUGCUGUGGUGGCAUAA